CAGCAUCGUCGUCGUUGUCGUCCUCGCCCACACAUCGUUCUUUACCGUUACAGCUGUGGGUUCGGCUCAGUACCGUUAAGUUCGCCAAUCGCACAAGUUCGAUUCCCAAAUCGCAUGGUUUUUUUAUACCAGCAAGAACUAGACAACACACAGAUAUCUGGUAAUGUUGUAAGACGUGGAUUAAUGCAAACUGCAAACCGUACAAGUGCGCCGUACAAGAAAACGCAAUUAAAAGUGCAUUAAAAAUUAAACGAAAAGUGCUUGUGUGUGCGUGCCAGUGAGGCAAAAAGUUUUGCCUGCGCCGAAUUGGCCAAAGUUAAAUGUUUUAAACGCCAAGUUAGGCGAAUUAUGUGAAAGUUUUAACGCGAUAGGCGAAAACAAAAUGUUUCUGUAAUUGGCGGCGGAGGAAAAGCAGUCCGAAAAAGCUCGGGAUAACGAGCCGCGGCAGACCGAAAGAGGACCAACCCAGAUUCGCAAAGUUCGUGCCAUAAAUCUGCAGUUUGCAUGGAAUUAAUACCCGACUAGAAGGCGGCGGCAGACGUGCAGCGGUGCUGCACAUGCAACACACAUUAGUGGGUCACUCGAAGAUGAUGACGCUGCUGACCGCAACGGCAACGGUAGAAGUAAAACCAACAAAAACAAGCGCCACUCGAGCCGAUUUGUGGCAGCGGGGGCAAAUUAUAUAAAAUUAUCAUGCAGGGCAGGCAGCUAGCUAGUUGGCCACUUGACAACGGCAGGCGGGACAAGGCUAAACAUCAUCAUCAGGAGCAGCAGCAGCAGCAGCAGCAGAAGCACCACUACCAUCACCACCAGCACCAAAAGCAACAACAGCGGCCGGCGACGUAUACGUAAUGUGCAGCAUGACGUAUACGUAAUGUGCACCGGGGUUUGGCCAAUUUGUCCAAAGCGAGCUAUAAACCACUGAGGCAGCGGAAACGCAAACCAAAAACCGAAACUCGAGCUGCAAACUAUAACAUAAACUGAAACUGCUAACGACGCAAACGGAAACUUCUUGGCCAAAUGGCGAAAGUUCGCAAACAAUUGCGAAUGUGUUGAGAAGCGGCUGGCGGUGCGAAAAUGACAAAAUGGCGAAGUUAACGUUGCCUUGUCUACUGCGGCGACUGCAGCUGAUGGCGCAACAACAUCAAAAACAGCAGCAGCUGCAUCCACACGGCUGCCACUUGAUGGCCAUGCAACUGGGCCAGGCCGUGCUCCUCUACGGUUGCCUUCUCCUGCUCCACGCCUCCGUGUCCGCCUCUGUCCUGGCCACGUCCUCCGACUCGGCCGCCAUUCCGAUCCUGCUGAACAUCUCCAGCACGAUGGAUCUGGAUGGCGUACCGCAGCAGCAACAGCAUGAGCAUACCGAGAAACGCACGCGGAAGCGUGAUGCCGCCAAUGUGCCUGAUGAUGACGACUAUGGCAGUUAUCCGGACGACGUCGACGAAUUGGAGGCCUUGCUUAAUAAUAAGUCAGCUAAGGGGAAAUAUAUUGGAGCGCCGUGCAACGAGCUGAAGUGUGACGUCAAGCUGCUGCACGUAUCCUGCGACAAGGAUUCGCAGACCUGCAGCUGCGAACGCAACUACCCAGUGCAACUUGGACUGAUAAAGGGUUGCGCCAAACCUAAAAAACUGGGCGAUCAGUGUUUCUACGACGAGACCUGCAUCUACAACGAUGAGAACUCCCUUUGUGUUCAGGUGCGGCACAAUGCGAUGUGCCAGUGUGCCAGCGGAUUUCACUCAGUCAGCUACGUGAAGCCAACGCGCCGUGUCUUUUGCACACCAGAUCUCAGCGAACUGAGCUCGGAUCUGCCCACCUUGUUGGGCGUCUCCACGGGCAUCGCAGUUCUGGCCGGGCUCAUCUGCAUGGUGCUGCAUCUGUUCAGCAAGACGAAGUAUCCGCGGCAUCGAAAUUACGGAGAUGCCAGCAUUCCGCCGCCCAUUCUGUACUCCAGCGAUACAGGAAUACCGCUUACCGUUCACUCGGCGCGUCCGUCGUCGCGUUCCAGCAUUCGGUCGACGGGAUCGAUUGGCUCCUACGGCAAUCGACGCGCCUCGGCCGGCGGACUGGGCGGGGGUGCCGCCGGAGGCGUGGCAGGCGGGGCCGGCGGUGGAGGGGCGUCCGGAAGCGGCGGCUCGAAGGGCAUCCUGGUGUCGACGUCACGAACAGGUGCGGCUAGAUCGGCCGCCAUAUUGCUCAUAUCGUGUCACAUAGCGGCGGUGUCCAAACAGAAUUCCCGGGCCUCGUCGCGGCACACAUCCGGAGCGGGCUGCAGCCAGCAUUCGCGGGACGACCUGGAUGAUGGUGGUGGUGGCGGUGGAACUGGCAGUGGGAGUGGUUGCCGCAGCUGCGAGAGCACGCUCUCGAUGAACCGCCACCUGCAGAAGCAACUGAACCACCAGCGGCAUCUGCUCAGCUUCGAGCUGUCGCCGGCGAGGUCGAGGAAUCAGGAUAGAUUUAGGACAUUAUUGGGCAUGAAUGGCAUUGAGAAUUUUGGGGGCAAUGAUGAUGAGGACGAUGAGUGCGGUCCGCAUAGCAUAGAACCCAGCACGACAGUCCCUCAUGCACAUGAUGCCCAUGCCAUUGCCCAUGCCGAUAGCGAUCCGGCUCAUCCUGGUGCUGGUGGUGGUGGUGGUGGUGGUGGUGCUGGUGGUGUUGGUGGCUACGGCUACAGCUACGGCUAUGGCCAUGUCGGUGUGGUUGGUGGUUACGGCGAUGCCGACACCAAUGGCGGCGACUCCAGCGGCGGAUUCGCCACUGGCGCCGAGCUGCAUCACCUGCAAAUUGGCGCACUGCCCACGCCGGCGAGUGAAACGCCACGAUUUGCGGUUCUCGAAGACCAAGUCUAGCGUCGGUGCACAGCACCAGCUCCUCGGUGCGCAGCUACAGCAUGAUGCGCUUCGAGAAGGAGACGCAGCAGAAGGAGAUUCGGCAGGAGAUGAAGCUGCGACUGGCGCGAUUGCAGCAGCAGCAGCAUCUCACCCAGAACAAGCCGCAGAUUGUCAUCGGUGAGGCGUUGAUGCAACAUGGCGCCCUCAGUCGCGUCACCAUGGCCACGCCCAGUCCCCUGACGCCCAACUCACUGGACGAGCUGCUGCCAUCGGUGGAUGAAAACCAGGAGUAUCCUCCCCGGCUGGAAGCAACCCUUAAACAGUUCAUACAGCCUCAGGCCGGCGGAGCGUCAGGUUCCUCUGGAGCCGGGGCCGCUUUGAGAGCAGCUGCCUCCCAAUCAUCGCCAGGCACUUCGAAUGGAUACCACGGCCCCUGCAGCUCCUCGACUGAGGCUCUUUAAAGUUAGUGCAUAAGUAGGCUCGAGUUGUAAAUUAGGUCUUAAGUAAUCGAAGAUUUCUCAUCUAAUUUGCGUAGUAGGCAAGCGAUUGCCAUAGGAGACCGUUGCUACUUAAUCUUAAUUCAAAUUGAACGUCAAACGUGUUGUAGUCAGGCUUAAGCUUAGUGAGUAAUAUUAGACGAUAAGUGAGUUCCCAAACUAGAAGACAGCCUUUGUGUGUAUUAUAAUGCGUAGAGGAGCAAAUCGAAACAUUUUAUACGUGUGUGUAUAUUGUCAUACAUUUUUUGUAGAAGUUAUACAAGGCCAAGUGUAGGGGGUAUGAAAAAAUGGUGGCGACCGAUUUGAGAAUUGCUGCUGAAGAAUUGAUAUACCACUUGGCUUUUCACUUAUGUAGAUCAAUAUGAAUUGAUUAGCUUAAAUUAGUCUAGUGUUUAUCGUUAGUGUGAGAUAGUACUGAUACAAUAUACGCAAUAUGAAUUUAUACAAAAUCGGUUUAUACAACGGUAGUUUCUUGUAAAUUGUACUCACGAUGAUAAUUGAUAAUGAUCGGAUAAUGCCAGAUUGUUCUAGCUAAAUCAAUAAUUAUGUUAAGCCAUCGCCACGAAAUAAAUCAAAAGUGUUAAUAGAUCAAAGUAAGAGAAAUUAAGCCAGGAAAUGAAUGAUAUGUUUGGUUCUUUGUAGGAAUAGAAAUCUAAACGCAUAUUCCGUUUGCUGGAUGUGCAUAGUCAAUUUUAAUUUACGACUUACGAAUUUUUCUACAGAGGCGUUUCAACUGAAUACAAUAAUCGAAAAAAAAUGUGUAGAUCAAAUGUAAGUUACUUAAUCGAUGGUAAUAUUAUUUAAUAUUUGAUACCAAGGUUGUUGACCGUAGUUGAUGUGCUCUACAUCGUUUGGUUCCAUGAUUUAUCCUAUCUAUAGAUCCGUUCUCAAUAGUACGAAUUACAGCAGCUAUAAAGAUCGUUACAUAUACAUCUAUACAAGCAUGUACAUAAGUAUGUGCGUAUUUGUACUCAACUAUGCUAUACAUACGAUGAGUAGACACAUAUCUGGAGUUCGGUGUUGGUUUGAUGUUGGGAGUAUAUAGAAAUAAAUGCAAUUUUGUGUUUUCAAACAAAUCAACGCGUUUUACUAAGUC